AUGGCCUCGUUCGGCCUUCCCCCUGUCCGCGUGCUGCGGCCAGCGCUGUGGUGCGCCGGCGCCGUGGGCACAAUCUACGUCGGCUGUGCAGCCUACGAGGUGCGCCACGAUGCCGCCGUUGCGCGGGAAGCACGGCGGGCGCGACACAUGCCGACCUCGCCCAUCGGUCUGCGGGACUUGGACGGCGUGCGGGCCAUGCUGGCGGCGUCGGGCGGCCGCAACCCGCUGCGCGCGUCCCAUGCAUCGUCGUCCGCAUCCACCACAUCGCCCUCGCCCUCACCGCUCGCGGCGUGGUCCAACCUGCCCGAGGCGGGCAAACUCAUGGUCGGCCUCGUCUCCACCAACGUGGGCGUCUUCGGCCUCGAGCGUUUGCUGCCCGGCACGUCCGCUCUGUUCUCGCACGUCCCCGCGGCGUCCGGCACCACCGCCGCCACCGCCAACUUCACGAUGCUCUCGUCCGCCUUUGGCCACGUCGGCCUCGCCCACCUCGCCCUCAACAUGUACGGCGUCGUGCAGUUCCUGCCGCCCGUCGCCGCCAGCCGCACGUUUGCCAGCAGCGGCAGCCACCUGGCGGCGUUCUACCUGUCGGCCGGCGUGCUGGCGUCGUACGCGUACCACCUGGCCGCCGUCUGGCCGCGGCCGCUGGACCGCGUGAUCCCCGCACGCGGUGCCAGCGGCGCCGUCAUGGCCGUCGUGGGCGCGUUUGGCAUGUCGUACCCGGACAAGCAGCUGGGCAUCGUGCUGAUCCCAGGCAGCCUGCCGGCGUCGCAGUUCUUGCUGGGCGUGGCCGCGUUUGAGACGUACGGCCUGUUUGUGGGCUUCAAGCGGCUGCCGCUGGCGCACGCAGCGCACCUGGCGGGCCUGGCGCUGGGCGUGGCCUAUGUCUACUACGACGGGCGCGACCGCGUCUGGCGGCCGGUGAAGCAGUGGACGUUCCACCAGAUGCAGCGGCUGUCACUGGUGUGA